AUGGCAGACGAGCCCACUGCUGCCGAUGCCAUCGAACUUGCGGUGCCUGGGGAUGCCGCGACACUGUCCGAUGCCGUACAGCUGGGCCGGCAGCGCUGCAAAGAAGCAGGAGCUUCGCCAGCUUCGCUUCGUGUAGAGCUGGCAGCGGAACACCGGGAACCCCAGGAGGCCUGGCCAUUGGAGAUCGUUCUUCAAGAAGGAGACUGCCUCCGAAGCCUGAGUGUAACCGGGGUCAAAGAUUCCCCUGCUCGCCUCGGCGACGUGCAGCUUGCAUCGACUGAUGCAGCGCUUUGCUUGAGACACGUCGCGUGCGGAACUCUUACGAUUGACGGCACGGGCUGUGUUCUGGAAGACUGCGAGGCGCAGAGCAUUGAAAUUGGCACCCGAGGGGCUGAUGCCGUGCGGCGCUGCAGAGUCCAAGGUGGACGAGUGGCCCUUGCUGCGCAAGGCCCGGUUCGGCUGGAGGGCCUUCAGGUGGUGGAUUCUGUCAUCGGAGUCAGCAUCAAUGGCAACUUUGCAGUGGAAGUGCACAGGUGCUGCUUCACUCGCUGCAGUGCUGCCGCGAUCGUGUCUCAUGUUGACCUGCCAGCUGACAAGGAAGCGGAAAUUCGACCCGUGCUCAAGAUGUCCGACAACCUUCUAGAGCACUGCACUCGCGAUUUGGAGGUGAGGGUGCAACUACCCUGUGCCGAGUCAUUGAUUUUCGACAGACUGCCAUUGGCAGCAGGAAGCUACGAGGUUCCGCGACGUUCCAAGUCGAGCUGGGAAGUUGAGGUCAGCGACCUCGGUGUUGUCUCGUGGCGUUGCGCCCCCGUGGCAGCGCCGGGCCCAAGACGCAGAAAACGAAAAGAGAAGGAGAUGGACGUAGCCGAGGCAGCUGAAUCAGACGAUACCACCAGAAGAAAAUUCACAGACGAGGAGGCAUGGGCGUGCAAGAUUUUGGGAUUGCGGCAGAACGCCGCAGCUACUCCGCGCGAAGUUCGUGCGGCCUACCGGAAGAAAGCCAGAGAGGUGCAUCCAGACAAGCAGACCGAGCCGAUGUUUGGCCCAUCCUUCUUGGAUGUUCAGGAUGUUUGCCUUCGAGUUGCAGCGAAGCCGACAGGAAACUUCAUUACUCGCAAGAGUACUUCCGUCUUCGCCAGCUCCCAGCUGCUUUCCACGGCUCCCCGGAAGGCCACCGGCUGGGAGAGCAGCCCUCUCUUGGGCCGUGUGAUUGAGAUAGACACCGCGCAAAUCCACCGGCGCCUGCAAGAGGACGACAUCGUCUGUAUUCUCCCUGUUGGUGCAGGGUCGCUGCUAGGAACCGGCAGCCAACUCCGUUACGUCCCGUCAGAGGAACUCGCAGCUCAGGUGGCCAAAGACCUUAAAGCCACGAAGCUGAUCUUCUUCACCCGGGGCCAGAGGCUUAUGGACACUGCCCGAGGGAAUGUCAUUCCUACAAUGCAGCUGGGGGAAGCAGACAGGCUGCUGGAGUACGCGAGAACCAGCAGCAGUUUCAUGGAAAAGGAAGAAUCGCGCGAGGUCAUCUUCUACUUGGAACUGCUCCUGCAAGCACUACGCAGCGGCACGCGCCGGGCUCAUUUGAUCGACCCACGACGUGGCGCUCUGCUUCAGGAGCUGUACACAACAGAUGGAAGUGGAACGAUGAUCUCCCUGGAUCUCUACGACGGUAUCAGGCUGGCGCGAUCGGGUGAUGUCUCCGGUAUCCUCGAACUUAUCGAGCCCCUGGUGAGGAGGGGUUUGCUCCGACGGCGCAAUACCUACGAGGCACGGCCGAGGGCAUGCAACAAUCAAGAGAUGUUCGUGUGGAAGCGCGAUGACAAGUUUGUUGGCUGCGCCAGCCUCCAGCAAUUUAGUGAUGCUCCAGGCAAGGCAGAGCUGGGCUGCUUCGUCAUCUCACCACUCUGCCGAGGAAAAGGCCACGGCGCUGUGCUCCUCUCGUACGUUGAACAGGUUGCUAGGCUGCUCGGCGUGCAGCAGCUGUUCCUCCUGACCACGCAAACAAUGCAAUGGUUUGUGGAGCGCGGCUUUCAGAAUGCUCCAGUGGAAGAGCUUCCACCAGGCAAGCGCGAGGGCUACGAUCUCGGAAGGUCUUCAAAGGUGUUCAUUAAGAACAUCUCAGACUUGCCGAGUGAGCUGCAGCAGCGUUUCACGUUCGUAGAAGUAGAUACUUUAGAUUGA